AAGAUUGUUCAACCAUCACCGACAUCACCAAUAACAUCAUCUGCGAGUCUCUCAGCAACGCCAAAAGACGAAAUUUAUAUUGACGAUGAGAGCAUUGAAGGAUCAGGCGGUCGUGGCGGGCUGCACGAUGAUUUAGAUAAAGAUCCCGAUUAUUCCGGUUCCGGUUUUGGACCAGAUGACGAGGACUCAUCCACCGAUUUACAACAAUCGCAUCGUGGCACACAUACACAAUCGGGUAAACAUAAUACAGUAUUGACCACCGACGACAACGACGAUUUAAUCACCAGUAGAACUCAUCAUCAAACGAAUAGUGGCACAAUCAUUGGCAGUAAUAGCGGCAGCAAUUCAGGCAUCAUCGGUGGCAAUAGUGGUAGCAACACUGGCCUCAAUACAAUUGCCACAACGUCAGCUAAACAAUCGCCAUCAAUCACAACCACCAACUCACAAAACACACCCACUCUCACCUACAUAUCCACCACAAGCUCGGCGACGGCGAGCAAAAAUCGCGGCUCAUCCCUUUACCCCAACCAAGUCCAACAAACCCACUUACCCGCAGCACCCCAUUACCCUGCAGGCCACACAGACGACGAAGACUUCGACCUCGGCGAAGGCGAUGGUGUUGAGGACGUCGACGACGAGCGAAAACAACAUAUUGCCGGCAGCGGCGAUGGUGGCGAUGAUGAGGAUGAUGACGAUGACGAUCACACUGGCGAUAUUGACGAAGAUGGUCAGGAAGGUCUCAUCGAACGUCCUUAUCAGCGUCAACAUGAGUUCGGUGUGGGCAGUGAGCCGAAGAGUUCGGUUGAAAAUAGCACCAGCACCAGCAGCAGCGGCAGUACAACCUCCUCAUCCACCACCAGCACCACAACCACCACAGCUGGCGGCGGCAUUAGUAGCAGUAGCGAUGGCGGUGAACGCAAAAAGAUUUUGGCUGCUAAUGGUGAUGAAGAUGACGAACUUGUUGUGGAUGGCGAUGAGGAGGAUGAAUUCGAUGAGACUUACGAUGAAGACAACAAGGGCGAUGAUGAGGAUGAUGAUGACGAUCGUGCGCACGAGGAGGAUGACAACACCGAAGUGUAUAUCGAUGGUACGGAGUCGAACGCAAAGAGCGGCAGCGACAGCAACGAGGAUAACGAACGCGGCACCACCAAUCAAGGCAAUACCAUACACGAACUAGACACAAACAACGUUAAUAGCCAACCGACAGAUACUAAAGUGGUCGAACACACAACUGGCAACGAAGUACUCAUCAUGAAUACCAGCGACGACGAUCGAACGGCGAGCUUCUUCGCCCAACCCGGCAUUUUAGCAGCUGUCAUCGGUGGCGCUGUUGUCGGUCUACUCUGCGCCAUUCUCGUCGUUAUGUUCAUCGUUUAUCGCAUGCGGAAAAAGGACGAAGGCUCAUAUGCACUUGACGAACCAAAACGCUCGCCGGCGGUCAAUUCUUAUGCGAAAAACGCGAAUAAUCGAGAAUUUUAUGCCUGAGAUAAUUCCCAACGGUACUAGAGAGAGAGAUAGAGAGCGGCAAGAGAGAGAGAGAUAGAGAGCGAACGACAGUGGUAAUGAAGAGUAGAAGCGAACGUGGCAAGAUGGACGGCAGUGAAGUAAUGUCAGCGCGCCGAGUAGAAAUAACCCCAAAGGGAGAUGAGGAGAAGCAGUAAAUGAUAAAGUGAGGAAAUAAUUAAAUAAAAGUUAAGCGUAUAAGUAAAUAGUAAAUAGUGCAACAGAAAAUUAUAACAACAAAGUAAA